GCAGCACCGUCAUCAGCUGUCAGGCUGCACUUUGACCGUCAUGUAGUAGUGGCUGCUUAGUUGUCCAUUCUGCACGAACAGAGUAGAAUUCCAGAUCAUGACUGAGGAGGCUAUUGAUGUUGUGGUGGUCGGCUCCUGUAUGACUGACCUGGUGAGCCAGGCACCAAGGCUACCCAGAGCAGGGGAAACCAUCCAUGGUCACAAGUUCUUCAUCGGUUUUGGAGGAAAAGGGGCCAACCAGUGCAUCCAGGCUGCCAGACUGGGGGUCAAAACCGCGAUGGUUUGCAAGGUUGGUAAAGACUUCUUUGGAGACAAUUACAUCCAGAAUUUCAAGGACAAUGGCGUAUACACAGACUUUGUAGGGCAGACCUCUGAUGCAGCCACAGGAGCUGCUUCCAUCACUGUCAACGAUGCAGGUGAGAAUGCCAUUGUGAUUGUGGCCGGUGCCAACAUGCUGCUGGGCAGAGAGGAGCUACAGAAAGCUCUUCCAGCCAUCAGUCAUGCAAAAGUGCUGGUGUGCCAGCUGGAGAUCAGUCCACAGAUGUCCUUGCAGGCACUACGCAUGGCUCGCAACAGCAGAGUGAAGACAAUAUUCAACCCAGCGCCGGCCAUUCCUGACUUGGAUCCAGAUUUCUACAAAGUCUCUGAUGUGUUCUGCUGUAAUGAGUCUGAGGCAGAGUUGCUCACUGGUUCCUCAGUAACUAAUGUGGAGGAAGCACAUCGCGCUGGUCAGGAGCUGCUGAAACGAGGCUGCGGGUCAGUCAUCAUCACUUUAGGACCCCAGGGCAGCGUGGUGCUCAAGGCACAGGAGUCUACCUCAAAACACAUUCCAGUUACUGCUGUCACAGCUGUGGACACUACAGGUGCUGGAGACAGCUUUAUUGGAGCGCUGGCAUUUUAUAUGGCUAAUUAUUCCACAGUGCCUCUGGAGGAGAUGGCCCGCAGAGCCAAUCAGGUGGCAGCGGUGAGUGUGCAGGCUGUCGGCACGCAGACGUCCUUCCCCUUCAGACACAACCUACCGGCUGAACUGUUCUGAGAGCAGCAGGCCACAGCAGUGUGAACAGACCAAGCCUGGAUGGGGUCUUAUUGACUGAACAGUGAACUGGUUAAUGAAAUUAGAUGCCUUUGAGAAAUCCAAGAACGAACAAUAAUACGACACUAUUGAGGAUUGAUGAACAAGCCUGUCAAUAUAGCAUUUAUAAUAAGCUGUACGGCAUUGACAUAAUUUAUUGAAUUACCCAAUAAAGAUAUUAUUUCACAUGUGGCUCAAGUACAUGUACCUGGUUGAAAUGUUUUACAUUUGACUGAAUCACAAUCAAUGAUGUAUACAGUGCAGAGCCACUGAGCAGUCAGAACAUAUUCUAUGGCUGAACAGCUGGAGAUCAAGACAGUUGUGGUGGUCCCAAUAUAUCCUCACUUAUUACUUUCUUCUUUAAAAUGUUGGUAAUCGGGAGUUUGCUAAAGCCAGUCUGGUGUUUCUGUUGCAGUGUGGAGAGUAGCAGCCUUUUUACUGAUCCAGGAGGAAGUCUUCCAAAAUAAAAAAAAAUCAGUUGUUGACUGACAAACACUUUGUAUAUCCAUGACAAUAAAAAUAGUCUGUUUAAACCUUG